AUGUCGUUCCGUAAAAGAUCCGAACCACUUGUGCCUGGACGUGGUAUACCAAGAGGUUCGCCUACGGUUCCUGGCAGGGCGCCUCUUGCUGGCCGUGCACCUCCAGGAGCCGCUUUGGGUAGAGUUCCAGCUGCUGCCACACCUAAGAAACCAGAAACUAGAGACAUUAUUGCUGAAAAUCCAGGUGUUAGACCAUCAGUGUCCAAUUCGGAACCUACGGUUUCUACUGGAUGUCCUGAUUUGGACAAACUCUUGAUCCACCUGGGUCUUCCAUUGGGCCAUUCUCUUAUCGUUGAAGAAUCAGGCACCACAGAUUAUUCAUCUGUUUUACUACGAGCAUUUGCCGCCCAGGGUAUCAUUCAUAGCCGUUUGGAGAAGGGCAAGGAUCAUUGUCAUGUCAUUGCUAUUGGUGUUCCAGCCGCUUGGGCUAACAACUUGCCUGGCGUCUAUAAAGGCAGCAGCAAGGACCAAAAGAAGGCUCGUAUUGCUGCCGACUCUUCCAAAGUCAGUGUGCUGAACAUGGCAGACAAGGACUUGAAGAUUGCAUGGAGAUACGGGUUGAAGAAUCAAAACAACCCGGAAGAGGAGCCUGAGACCCCAGAUUCCCAUCUUGAGAAUUAUACUACACAGUUUGACAUUACUCAGCGUCUUAUUCCUGGAGCCAGCCCUCAGGAGAUUUCGUUUGUGCCGUUACUGAACCAUUUCCAGAGCGUGGUGGCGCAGAUCAAAAGCAUCAUUCAGUCCCAGCUCGAGAACCUGCCUCUGAAGGUUAUCAGGUUAGUGAUGCCCAGUUUCCUCAACCCAUCACUUUACCCACCUCAAGCAUCAGCAUCCACAUUUAUCAUUCCAUUUUUCCAUUCCUUACAGUCUCUUUUGAGACAGUACCAGCUGAACGUUGCGUUGAUAGCGUCUUUGCCUCUUGAUUUGUAUCCAAGAGGAAGUGUCCUUACACAGUUUUUCGAGCUGCUUGCGGAUGGUGUUGUGCACCUUCAGCCAUUCAACCGUGACAUGGAGUUGCUUAUAGAAAAGGCGUACAAGAACGAGCCUUCAAAGAUCCAACAAGGGUUUGUUAACAUCAUAAAAGUGCCAAUACUCUCCGCCAAGGGUAUGAUGAUGAUUAGAAACGGAGAGUACGCUUUCAAGAACGGCCGCAAGAACUUUGAAAUCGAAGAAUGGGGCAUCCCCGUUGAGGAUGAUACCCCAGACGACCAACAACAAACAACACAGAACGUCGACUUCUAA